AUGGAUGAAAUUAUAAAAAACUAUGGCUUCAAGAAACACCCUGUAGCUGACAUGUGGACGGAACAACCUUCCUUUGAGGGUCGUCUUGGAACCGAGAAUUUCAAGACAGCAGCAGAGAAGGCGGAGCAAUUUUUUCUGAAAUUUAACAAAAAACGUGGCAUAUCACCUUGGGAACUUUUACAAAAAGUGACAAAAAAUCAGAACUACAAACUCCUUAAAAUUACAGCCGCUAGGUAUCUUUUAGUUACUCACAUUCUUUGGCUUGUAAGUGGGAAGAAGUUAAACAGCUUGCAAGGAAAAGAGAGACAAUUACACCGGCAUUCCACAAAGUUGGAGGAUUCCCGAGGGUGGAGUGUGUUUUCCUAAACCAUAUGGCAGCGCCACUUACAAAUCAGACUACGACGUCGGGCUUAUUGGAAAAGAUUCUGGAACCGUCACUCAGAAAUUUAAUAGCUAUUUUCAAACAACCUUUAAGUUACCAUCGGAGCUUGUAUUUGACACAAAUGUUUACGCCUACACUCUGGAGUUUGCCAUGCCCUCAAUGUUUCCCAACCUUCCCCCCUCAUUUACUUCCGGUCUUCGCAAAUUUGAGCAAAUGGGGAGGUAUAAAAUGCAAGAACUGGCCAGUGCUUAUUACAAGGUCUUCAAGUACAACGAAGGUUCCUUUAAGGUGAUGAAGAAUGGAGCUAUUGGAAAAAUAAAAGAUAAAGAGGCGAAGAAAGAGUUGCUCGGUUGGCUUAGAGAAUUUGGAAAAAUGAACAAGCAGGUGGCCUUGAGAAAAAUGAAGAAGCAGCCACUGGCUGAGUUCAGAUUAGCCCACAAUGAGAAGUACCAGGAGUACCUGCAAAGCAUGUCACAGGGGAAAACAGGAGGUUACCAAAUACAAUCAAUAGGUAAUUAGAUAUCAGACGGACUAGAAAUUUAUAUAACUACUGUUUAUAAUGGUAAAGGGACCGAGUGAAGUCCAAUUCGGACUGUAAUCAUACGAGUGAUUAACAAAAUCGGACGUCCGAUUUGGACGACUCGAAGUCCUGUUCCCAGUGAAUCAUAACCGUCACAAUUUCCGAAAAAAAAAAUAGAACCCUAAGGAUUUGGUAUCAUAUACAUGUAUGCUUGAAUUGACAGUUAUGUUCAAUUACGCUGUUUCACAGAUUACCUCGCCAAGGCCCUCCUCUACGCUGCACAGGCAUAUCACACCCGUGGCGCCAUUCGACAUGUGGUACAGGGUCUUCAGAUGAAAGCAAUUCCCACGUGUCAAUAUUACACGCCGCUAUCAACUUACGACCUGUGGGUGUCCAUGAUUGAAAACUGGGGAGAGCUGAAUAAGGAGUACAAACACUGUAGAAACAUUUCCGUGGCGAAGUGCUUGAUGAAGAUGAGCAAGUACCUGUCGAGGAUGUUUGACGCGAUGCGAGUGAUCCGCCGUUCCCGUCUGCCAAAGAAAGACAGAGAAGGAUUGCUAGACUUCGGAACAACCGACGACCCAGAGUUCGUGACUCGCCUUCUACUGCGAUACCGAAAGAGUGGCAAGGAACUCUCGCCAGCAGCUAAUCAGUUUGUAAUGCUUUUUUGGAAAAAGUUCAAUUGUAAUAUUUUUAAUCCUCAUCUUUCGUAUUUUUGGUGGGAUUGUUUGAAAAAAAUCCAUAAUGAAGUGAAUGCCUACAACAAAAAGUUGGCUGCCAAUGUGAACGAGAUAGAGGGGAUGGAAUUGUUUGAACCCCCUCCAAACAAUUUUUAA